AUGAUUAGAUUUACCUCGAGACUACUAACAAACAAAAAUCAUUUUUCGUCUUUAAUACAAGACGUGUUCAACAAGACCACCUCUUGGUCCAACGUCGACGCUUUAAUCAUAAAUAACUUUUCCGAAACUGGAAAGCACGCGCCUGGUGCUAUACUUAAAGUGGCAAACAAAGGUCUUAAGUCUCAAAUAUUUGACGUAGCAUUCUGGAAUCAGAUCAACGACCUGGCAGUCGAGUCAAAAGAGUCGUUCACGCCGUCUGACUGGGUAAAGUUGAUCCACAUAUACAAGAGAAUUAAAAUUCGAAACGCAAAUCUGUACAAUAUAGCCCUUGAGCAGCUGGACUAUGACUUCAACGCACUGUCCCUCAAGGAGCUCUCCAUACUGGCACUCUCGUUCUCGUACUUCUCAAUCUGCCCAAUCGCACUCAUGAACUCGAUCGUAAAAACAAUCUCCUGCAGGCACGAAGUCGGAAAGUUGAAGGAGCUGGAGUCGGCUAUCAACAACAGGCUGAACAACACGCACGCUGAGUCGAAGUCUACGAACACACACAUUAGACAAAACACGAGCGACACAGUCUCAUACAUACACCUGGUGGGAGCGUACGCAAAGUGCGGAUUCGACAGCAAACCGCUGUUCGAGAUGGUGACAAGUGACAUAGUGAAGAACAUUAAGUCGGGAGUGACCAUUCAGCCAAACCUGAUAAUGAAGUUCCUAAAUUCGUACUCGAGGUUCGGAUACAGGCACAAGGAGCUGUUAGAUCUGCUUAGCGAUCAAAUGGUAACGAGCAGGCUGUCGAACGAGGACCUACAAACAGUGAAAAGCAUAUUCGCACAGCUCAACUACGAUAACGAAAAGAUGAAUACAAUCUUUUCAUACAGAUUGGGAAAUGCAAAUUGA